AUGUCAUUUUAUCGAAAUGAAAUUGAUGGGCUACGAGCAGUUGCUGUUAUUCCAGUUGUUUUAUAUCAUACUGGCUGUACUUCAUAUUUUGCUGGAGGUUAUAUUGGUGUUGAUAUAUUCUUUGUUAUCAGUGGUUAUCUAAUUACAUCUGUCAUUGAAAAUGAACGUGAAGAAGACAAAUUUUCACUUGUUCAUUUUUAUGAACGACGAUGUCGUCGGAUUCUUCCAGCACUUUUUUUCAUUUUAUUUAUUAGUAGUAUUUUUGCUUAUCAUUGGAUGUUACCUGAUCAAUUGAAAGAAUGUGGACAAACUUUAAUUUCUAUUGUUGCUCUUUCUUCAAAUAUAUUCUUUUGGUGGAAAGAUGAUGGUUAUUUUACACAAUUAACUGAAUUAAAUCCUUUUAUUCAUACAUGGAGUUUAGCUGUCGAAGAACAAUUUUAUUUUGUAUUUCCAUUAAUAUGUUAUUUUUCUGGAAAGAAAAAACAUUGUCUUAUUAUUUUACUGAUAUUUUUGACUUUGUUUAGUUUUUUUCUUGCUCAAUGGGGUGGAAAUUUUCAAUCAACUUCUAAUCAUCAUUUUCAUAUGUUUUCUCAACAUUCAUGGGCAUCAUUUUACUUACCUAUAGGACGAGCAUGGGAGUUAUUACUCGGUUCUUUUGCUGCUUUCUACUUAAAACUCAAAAGAUCAGUCAGAAAUGUGCCUCCAUUUCCAAAUUCUUAUACUCUUAUACCUACAGUGGGUGCAACAUUGAUUAUUUUAUUCGGACAAGACGAUACAUUAGUUGGACGAUUACUUUCUAUACGUCCAUUACGUUGGAUAGGUCUUAUUUCUUAUAGUGUCUAUCUUUGGCAUCAACCUUUACUGGCUUUUGUUCGCAUACGAGCUACAAAUACACCAGAAAUAUUACCUAUGUUGAUGAUAGUCAGUAUUGUCUUUCCACUUAGUACUUUUAGUUAUGUUUUUAUUGAAAAACCAUUUCGUAAUAAAAACAAUUUUUCUCGAAAACAAAUAUUUUCUGCUUCGUGUAUAACUGCUGUAAUGACAUUUAUUCUUGCAUUAUUUCUUAUUCAAACUGCAACUAAUCGAACAUUACUACUGAACAAAGCAGCUGAUUCUUAUCUAUCUGAUUUAGCAAAAUAUGGUCAUGGAGGAUAUGUUGAAGGAGCAUUUGAUGCUUUAAGACAAAAGACAAAUACAUUUUCAACUCAAACAUCAACAAUAAAUAAAAAACUGAUACUAAUUGGUGAUAGUUUUGCACAAGAUUUUUAUAAUAUAAUUAUUGAAGGAAAACAUUUAACCAAUUAUGAAAUUCGUGUAUUUUUUGUUCAUGGACGUUGUCAAAUGUAUAUAGGUCCAGAAGAUCGAAAACAAUUUAUUAAUGCAAUCGAUCAACAAACAUGUGAAAAUCGUAAUGAUAUUAAAUAUGCUUUACCUCUUAUUCGGCAAGCCGAUAUUAUUAUUUUAUCUGGUAAAUGGUUUGAAUGGAGUGCUAAACGAUUACCAAUGACAUUAAAAUUAUUAAAUUUAACAAAACAGCAACAAAUAUUUGUUAUUGGACGAAAACAUUUUGGUAAUGUUAAUCUAAAAUUAUAUGUUAAUAAAUCAACUGAAUAUCGUCUUAAACAAUAUCAAUAUCCGAGUAAAGAAGUGAUCGAAAUUAAUAAUUUAUUAGAAAAAACAAUAGAUGAAUUCAUAUUUGUCAAUAUACUAAAAAUGAUCUGUACUGGAUAUAAUCGGACAUGUCCUAUUUUUACUCGUGAUGGAAAAUUAAUAACAUAUGAUGGAAGACAUUUGACUAAAUAUGGUGCUAUUUAUGUUGGAAAUAUUAUUUUUAAAAAUAAACCAUUAAAUAAAUUAUAA